UGGUGGGCAGGACUUCCGGCGGAAAAGCGAGUUGUCUCGGAAACUCAGAGCCGGGUUCCUCCCGGGUUUCUCCCUGCGGCUCCUGGGCUGUUGAGACUCGUAUGAAGAUGGCUUGCGCUGCCGCGCGGUCCCCGGCCGACCAGGACAGGUUUAUUUGUAUCUAUCCUGCUUAUUUAAAUAAUAAGAAGACCAUCGCAGAGGGAAGGCGAAUCCCCAUAAGUAAGGCUGUUGAAAAUCCUACAGCUACAGAGAUUCAAGAUGUAUGUUCAGCAGUUGGACUUAACGUAUUUCUUGAGAAAAAUAAAAUGUACUCUAGAGAAUGGAAUCGUGAUGUCCAAUACAGAGGCAGAGUCCGGGUCCAGCUCAAACAGGAAGAUGGCAGCCUCUGCCUUGUACAGUUCCCAUCACAUUAUACACUAAGCCUAACUUCUGGUUCCUAGGUAAGUCAGUAAUGUUGUAUGCAGCAGAAAUGAUACCUAAACUAAAAACAAGGACACAAAAAACAGGAGGUGCUGACCAAAGUCUUCAACAAGGAGAGGGAAGUAAAAAAGGGAAAGGAAAGAAAAAGAAGUAACCUAGUAUCAGCAUCAAGUAUGUGGUACUACUGUAAGAGACAUGAAUGGAGACUUCUAAUUUGUAUCGGAGGGAAACAGAAGCUUUUUGUUCGCAUCAUUUAACUGAACUGUGAACCCCUCGUGCCUCUCAUCUUUAUCAUCGGAGUUGACAGUGAAACAGAUUUACAUCAGAAGUUUGCGUCUCGCUUUUAUGCCGUAUAAAAAUUUUUUUGUCUUUCAAUGCAGUUUUUUGGAAGAAAAUAUUUUUAAAUGGACAAUGGACUGUACAAUAAGUUACUUGAAAUAAGUUACUUGUUUCAGAUAAAUUUCAAUUAGAUUUAAAAUAAACAUUUUGUCCACCUUUUAAGUUAAUGAAAUAAAAUUUGAAACUGACUUUUGCAACUUUUGCUUAUGAACUAAUGCUAGGAGAGGAGGGAUAAUUAAGAAUAAAAUAUGUAGUGAAAGUUUCCAUAGUGUGAGCCUAAAACUAGAAGAAACUGUGGUAGGUCCUUUUGUGGGUGGGGGACAGGGGAGUCUGUAAAAAGCCAGUCUGUAGAUCAUAUUUUAAUGUAUUACUGUAAUCGAAUUGUUCAGUUGUUUUUUGACAUGGAAAGUCCUGGAUUUUAAGCUUUAAAUUUGCUUAUUUUGUAGGUUUAAGAACAUGAUUUUCAUGGGAGUUGUAAAAUUAACUGUGCUUUAGCAACUUGAGGUACACUUUCCUUCAAGAAGUUAAAUUGGAUUGGUGCUCCUGAAUUUAUUUCAGAGCGGAUUCUGAAAGUAGUGAUUUUGAGCUAUCCCAAUUCCUAUUCUUCCUGAGGCCUGGUUUAGCUCUUCCUUGAAUUCUGCAAGCUACCUCAUAUUUUCAGUAAAUUCCAUUUUUUUCUAAGUUUGUUUGUUUGUUUUUGAGACGGAGUUUCACUCUCGUUGCCUAGGCUGGAGUGCAAUGGCACGAUAUUGGCGCACCACAACCUCUGCAUCCCAGGUUCAAGAGAUUCUUCUGCCUCAGCCUCCCUAGUAGCUGGGAUUACAGGCAUGUGCCACCACUUUCGGCUAAUUUUGUAUUUUUAGUAGAGACAGGGUUUUUCCAUGUUGUUCAGGCUGGUCUCGAACUCCCGACCUCAUAUGGUCUGCCCACCUCAGCCUCCCAAAGUGCUGGGAUUACAGGCAUGAGCCACUGUGCCCGGCCUUCUUUAUGUUUUUAUUGCUCACAGUCAAACAUUCCUAUUGAUUGUAAAAUAAGCAAACCUAGAGUUGUGGAAAUUGAUAUGUAUUUAUUUAUUUGAAUUCAGACAGGGUCUUAAACUCCCAGGCUCAAGUGAUCCUCCUGCCUCAACCUCCCAAAGUGCUGGGAUUACAGGCAUGAGCUAGCUGGCCUGUUGACUUUUUUUUUUAACUGUAACAAUUUCUGUUUUAUAGUGAACAUAAUAGUAUAAGAGUUUAUAUAUUUGACUUACAAAUAAAUCCUGGGGAGAGGGGAGUGUGUGUAAAACAUAAUUCAGAGCAGCCUUCUUUGAGAAAGUGGGUGUGUUUGGCUGCGUAACAAAACAAUGAAGGAUUUAAGCAGGAUAUUUUUGCCUCAUAUGUUAAAUCUAAGUGAGGUUGCUGUGGUUGUUGGUUUAGCUCUCAGUGAUGCCUUUUUUGUAUUUUUCCGCUCUGCUGUCCAUGACAUAUUUCUAACACCUUUAUGAUUAUUGUUCCUGCUUGUAAAAGGGCUGAUAUUUACGUGAGUGCAAGGCAGGAAGAAAAGGUAGCUGUGCCAGCCACUUCUGGCAAGCAGUUCUCCCACCUUAGCCUCCCAAGUAGCUGAGACCAUAGAAAUGAGAUUUCUCAAAAUUCCUCCCAGCAGGCUUUCACUUAGUUUCAUUGUUGAGAACUGUGACAGGUCCAUCUCUAGCUGCAAAGGAGGCUGAGAAAGUGAACACAGCAGUCCUCCUUAUCCUUGGGGAAUACAUUCCAAGAGUGGAUCCCUGAAACAGCAGAUAGUACUGAACCCUUAUAUAUACUAUGUUUUUGCCUAUUUAUAUAUGCUUGAUAUGGUUUGGCUGCGACCCCACCCAAAAUCUCAUCUUGAAUUAUAAUCCCCAAAUCCCUGUGUGUUAAGGGUGGGACCAGGUGGAGAUAAUUGGAUCAUGGGGGCAAUUUGCCCUGUGCUGUUCUUGAGAUAAUGAGUGACUCUCACGAGGUCUGUUGGUUUUAUAAGUGCCUGGCGUUUCCCCUGCUUGCAGUCACUCCAUCUUGCUGCCCUGUGAAGGUGCCUGCUUCUCCUUUGCCUUCUUACAUGAUUGUAAGUUUCCUGAGGCCUUCCCAGCAGUGCGGAACUGUGAGUCAGUUAAACCUCUUUCCUUUAUAAUUGCUCAGUUUUGGAUAUUUCUUCAUAGCGGUGUGAGAAUGGAUUAAUACAUACCAUGAUAAAGUUUAUAAAUUGGACACAGUAACAGAUUAACAAUAAAAUAGAACAAUUAUAACAAUAUACUAUAAUAAAAGGUAUGUGGAAA